CUUCUUCUUCAAUUUAUUUUCCUUUUUCUUUUUUCUUUUCAUCUCUUUUUCUCUUUUGAUGGGAAACUGGGAGAGUGAUGCUGCAGAGAUAGAGAGUCAGAUGAGUGGGGAGAGGCUUCAGAUCUAAUGAGACCGGAGCUUCGAAUGAGUGGAACUGGGAUUGAUCAACAGUGUUGACUCGGUGCGCUCUGCAACUUGAAUUUGCUCAUUUUUGGUUCCGAUUUGGUGGACAUUGGCGAAUUGCGGCGGGGGGUUUAGCCGGAGUCCGAUGAAAUGAAUGUGGAGGUUGCAGGUUGAGCUUGGCGGAGCUUGGAUUCGGUUUGGGAAGAUGAUGAGGUGACUUGGCAAGCGAAGAUGUUCAAGUCGGCGAGAUGGAGGAGCGAGAAGAGCAAGAUCAAGGCUGUGUUCAAAUUGCAGUUUCGUGCAACGCAGGUGCCUCAGUUAGGUGUGGAGGCAUUGUUUCUAUCUGUGGUUCCUGCGGAUGUGGGAAAGCCGACAGUGAAAUUAGAGAAAGCUUGGCUUGAAGGCGGAAGCUAUUAUUGGGAAAAUGCGGUGUAUGAAACAGUGAAAUUCGUUCAGGACCCCAAGUCGGGGAAGAUUAAUGAUAGAAUCUACCAUUUUAUAGUCUCAAAGGGAUCUUCAAAAGCAGGUCUUGUUGGAGAGGUUUCCAUUGAUUUUGCAGAUUAUGCUGAGGCAACAAAGCCUUCCUCUGUUUCUCUUCCCCUGAAGAAUUCAAACUCUGGUGCAGUUUUGCAUGUUUCCAUUCAGAGGAUACAGGGAAAUGUUGAUGAAAGAGAGGUUGAAGAAAGUGAUGAUGCCAAAAUUAAGUCUCAGGAUAAAAUCUUGAGGAACCAAUUAAGCAAUGGUGAUGCAGAUGGAAGUGUCAAGAGUAAUUCUGCUGAAGAUGGUCCAUUUAAUAAAACCACAUCCAACAUGGAAUUGAGCAGCAACCGCAGAGCAUCGAGUGGAUCUGACAUUACACUAUCAAGUUCUGAGAGCAGCUCUGGACUUGAUACCCCAAGAGAAAUUGUAUCGAACAAUAAUAACAUCCAUCAGAACCCUACCAGCUUUGUAUCUUCUCUGAGCCACACCUCAUUGCCUCAUCAGCCAACUACAAAUACACUGGCCACAACAUAUCAAGAAGAUCAGAGGUCACUAUGUGAGUGGUCAGUGGCUUCUGAUCAUGGAGUAUGUAUGGAUGACUCAAUAAACAGUUCUCAAGACAUCCUUCCAGGAGAAAGGUCUCAACAGGCUCCAGAUGUUGCAAUUGAGAAACUCAAAACUGAUUUUCUUGUUUUGGCCAGGCAGGCAGAAAUGGCAGAGUUGGAAUUACAGACUCUUCGAAAGCAAAUUGUGAAGGAGAGGAAAAGGGGGCAGGAUCUAUCUAAAGAAGUUGGUGGCCUGAAAGAGGAGAGAGAUGCACUGAAGGCAGAAUGUGAAAACCUCAGAUCCUUUCAGAAACGUACUGACCAGGCAAAAAUAAAAAACAAGUUGCAGUUUGAGGGUGGGGAUCCACGGGCUCUUCUUGAGGAACUGAGACAAGAACUAAGUUAUGAAAAGGACCUGAACGCUAAUCUUCGGUUGCAGCUUCAGAAGACUCAAGAAUCAAACACUGAGCUGAUCCUUGCUGUCCGUGACCUUGAUGAAAUGUUGGAGCAGAAAAAUCUGGAAAUAUCCAAUCUUUCAGACAAACUGGCAACCACUGAGAAUGGGGAAGAACUGAGGGAAGCUACAACAAGAUGCCAAUCAGACGAUGAUGAAGAGCAAAAAGCACUUGAAGACCUCGUUAAGGAGCAUAAUGAUGCCAAGGAAGUUUACUUGCUGGAGCAAAAGGUCAUGGACCUCUACAGUGAAAUAGAGAUCUAUAGGAGAGACAAAGAUGAGUUGGAGGCACAGAUGGAGCAGCUGGCUCUUGACUAUGAGAUAUUGAAACAAGAAAACCAUGAUAUUUCAUAUAGACUAGAGCAAAGCCAGCUGCAAGAUCAACUGAAAAUGCAGUAUGAAUGCUCAGCUUCUUUUGCUACCAUGAACGAGCUUGAAAACCAGGUUGAGAAAUUGGAAAAUGAGCUCAAGAAGCAGUCAAGAGAAUUCUCAGAUUCUUUAGUCACCAUAAGUGAACUUGAAACCCAAGUUCGGAACUUGGAAGAAGAACUGGAGAAACAAGCCCAGGAGUUUGAAGCUGAUCUUGAAGUUAUUACAUUGGCCAAAGUUGAGCAGGAGCAGAGAGCCAUCCGAGCAGAGGAAGCCUUGAGAAAGACAAGAUGGCAAAAUGCUAAUACAGCUGAGAAGCUUCAGGAAGAAUUUAAAAGGCUCUCCAAGCAAAUGACAUCUACUUUUGAGGCAAAUGAGAAGGUGGCCAUGAAAGCAAUGGCAGAAGCCAGUGAAUUGCGAAUGCAGAACUGUCAUUUGGAAGAAAUGCUUCAGAAAGCUAAUGAAGACCUCCAGUCAGUUAGAGAUGAUUAUGAAGCAAAACUGCAAGAUCUUUGCAACCAAUUGAAUUUGAAGACAAGCCAGUUGGAACAGCUUCUGUUGGAAACUGAGGAUAAAUCCAAGCAGCUUGAACAUCAAGAAAAGCAUGAGCAGGAAUUUCAUGGAGUUCUCUCACAGGAGAUCAUUACACUCAUGGCUGAGAUAGAAAGGCUCACAGAAGAGAAUGGUUUACUUUCUGAACUGGCAGAACAGAAUGAAAGUUUGAGAGCAGAGUUUCAACAGAUAAAGAUGUCAGCAAAGAAAACUGAGGUGCUGGUACAAAGAGGGAUAAUGGAAAGAAGUGAACUUGAAAAGACAAUUGCUUUGCUGCGGAAGGAAGCAGAAAAGUUGCUGGAGGAACUAAAUGGUAUGAAAUAUCUAAAGGAUGAAAAGGAGACCCUACUUGGAAAUUUACAAGCUGAGUUGAAAAACCUUAGAGCUCGAUAUAAUGAAAUGAAACAUUCUUUGUUUGAGGAUGAGACUGAGAAAGAGAAACUCAGGAAGCAGGUUUUUCAACUAAAGAAUGAACUCAAGAAGAAGGAAGAUGCAUUCAACACUGUUGAGAAGAAGCUCAAGGAUAGCAAUGGACGUGGCCCUAUUUCUGAUGGAACAAAAGUGACUCCAAAAAACAAUAAAGCUGCUCCAGUUCCUCGUGGCUCUAAAGAGGUUGCAAAUCUGAAGGAGAAAAUAAAAUGGCUCGAGGGACAAAUAAAGCUUAAGGAAACUGCUCUAGAAAGCUCAACUAAUUCAUUUUUGGAGAAGGAAAAGGACCUUCAGAAUAAAAUUGAAGAACUGGAAAGCAGAAUGGAAGAUCUCAACCAAAGUAGCAAAAGCUUUUGUGAAUACCAACUCCAAGAGGUAGCUUUGAAUGGUGAUAUGCCUGGAGAAAUAAGAAGUGCGGCUGGAAGUUUGACCACUACAGCAUUAAUGUCCAAAGAAAAUGGGAUGGAGAUGCCACUAAUUGAGAGUAAGGAAGAAAUUUUAUUGGAGGAACAACCCAAAGGCUCUGCUAUCACCAUAAGAGAACAAUUUGAACUUGACGAUUUGUUAAUGGAAAUGACAUCAUUGAAGGAAAAGAACAAAUCCAUGGAAGGUGAACUGAAGGAAAUGCAAGAGAGAUAUUCAGAGAUAAGUCUCAAGUUUGCAGAGGUAGAAGGGGAAAGGCAACAGCUGGUAAUGACAGUUCGCAACCUCAAGAAUGCUAAGAAGGGCUAAAUUUUUUUCCCUGAAUUACAGGAAGCUGGACACCAUGUAUAGAUUAAUCAGCAGGCUGUCUCUAUUGGAGUCUUGGCAAGAAUAAAACAUUAUGUAUAUGGGUUAUAUAUAGAUCAAUAUCUUCCUCUCUUUCAAGUUCUAUUUGUCAUAAUACAAAAAAUACAAGUAGUUUCGAGUGUAGGUUUUGCUUCCCUGGGCCGAUGCACGCUUCUGUAAUGUCAUUAAAUCUUGUCUUGACAAAUGUUAUAUUCCUAUAAUUAAUAUAUUCUUUUCAUUUUUUGUGGUGAAAA